CUUCCGGUUGUUUUUGUCAUAUGACUGGUUAAAGCUCCCUGUCUCAAAGGUACUGCACUUAAUUUAACAAUUUAAUAAUGGCGACAAUGUUGGACAGAAGACCCAUGGACAGCCUGAAUGGGCCUGAUGCUGCGGCUAGACAACACGCACAGGCAGUCAGCAGGAACUACAUUUCGCAGCCAAGACUGACCUACUCUACAGUGUCUGGUGUAAAUGGACCCCUUGUUAUCUUGGACCAUGUGAAGUUCCCCAAGUAUGCAGAGAUUGUUCACCUCACCCUACCUGAUGGCACCAAGAGGAGCGGACAAGUGCUGGAAGUCAGUGGCUCCAAAGCCGUAGUCCAGGUGUUUGAGGGGACAUCAGGUAUUGAUGCUAAGAAAACAGCCUGUGAGUUUACGGGUGACAUCCUUCGCUCACCUGUGUCAGAGGACAUGCUUGGUCGAGUAUUCAAUGGCUCUGGUAAACCUAUUGACAGAGGACCCACUGUGCUGGCUGAAGACUUUCUGGAUAUCAUGGGUCAGCCUAUCAACCCUCAAUGCCGUAUCUACCCAGAGGAGAUGAUUCAGACUGGUAUCUCUGCUAUCGACGGCAUGAACAGUAUCGCCAGAGGCCAGAAGAUACCCAUCUUCUCCGCUGCAGGUCUCCCACACAACGAGAUUGCUGCCCAGAUUUGCCGUCAAGCCGGCCUGGUUAAAAAGUCGAAAGAUGUUAUGGACUACAGUGCUGAUAACUUUGCCAUUGUGUUUGCUGCUAUGGGUGUUAAUAUGGAAACCGCUCGCUUCUUUAAGUCCGAUUUUGAGGAAAAUGGCUCCAUGGACAAUGUGUGCUUGUUCUUAAAUCUUGCAAAUGACCCCACCAUUGAGCGUAUUAUUACUCCUCGCCUUGCACUGACUACAGCAGAGUACCUGGCUUACCAAUGUGAGAAACACGUCCUGGUUAUUCUCACAGACAUGAGCUCCUAUGCUGAGGCUUUAAGAGAGGUUUCGGCAGCUCGUGAGGAGGUGCCUGGUCGCAGAGGGUUCCCUGGGUACAUGUACACUGACUUGGCCACGAUCUACGAGAGAGCCGGGAGAGUAGAGGGCAGAAGUGGUUCAAUUACACAGAUCCCCAUCCUUACCAUGCCUAAUGAUGAUAUUACCCAUCCUAUCCCUGACUUGACUGGAUACAUCACCGAAGGACAAGUUUAUGUUGACCGACAACUUCACAACAGACAGAUUUAUCCUCCCAUUAACGUUCUACCCUCGCUGUCUCGGUUGAUGAAGUCCGCUAUUGGAGAGGGGAUGACUCGCAAAGAUCAUGCUGAUGUGUCCAACCAGCUGUAUGCCUGCUAUGCUAUUGGCAAAGACGUCCAAUCAAUGAAGGCAGUGGUGGGAGAGGAGGCUCUCACCUCGGAGGAUCUUUUGUACCUGGAAUUUCUACAGAAGUUUGAAAAGAAUUUCAUCGCUCAGGGUCCAUACGACAACAGAACUGUGUACGAAACCUUAGAUAUCGGGUGGCAGCUGCUUCGAAUUUUCCCCAAAGAGAUGCUGAAGAGAAUCCCACAAAGCACUGUGGCUGAGUUUUACCCGAGGGAAUCGUCCACUCGACAUUAAAACAAAAUGGAAAGAUGUUGAUAGAGAACUCCGCAUUUGUCAUUGUGCUUUUCAGUAAUAUAGGAUAGUUCCAUAUGACCUCUCCGAUUUAACUUCUUUGUUUGAAGUGUAGUUGUACUUCUAAGUUUAAAAUAGUAUUUCACCUGUAGGGAAAAGAGACUUACUGUACAUCAUUAUUUUUAAGGUUAUCUUUUACUUUUAAAAAGCAUUGAAAUAAGCAGACAAUCUCAAAUACUGCACACCAGGAAUGAAAUAAGAUUUGAUAACAAUACAAACAUGCAAUUCACCGCAUUGACAAUGUGUAGAAAUGAUCAUUUGUUAAACAAGAUGAGAGCAAUAGAGAAUAAUGGCUUUUUAUAGUAAACUAUAUUUAGCAUACUGGGGGUUUUCUUAUCAAGAAAGACUUACACCUGAUCCACUGUACAUAUUAGCUUAUUAUAAAUCUUAUUUUAUUAAAAGAACGCAGUAAUUUAGUGCUAUUUAAUUCUUUCAAAACAGCAAAUAAUGGAAAGAUUCCAAAGAGACAAGCAGUUCUAAUAUACUUUAUACUGAAAAAUAAAUAAAAAUGGACCAAGAUAGAUAUAUAUAUAUAUGGCCCCAUGCUUAUAUAUAUAUA